AUGACGUUCCAAGAAGCGGUGGGGAGACUAAAGGCUUUCGAAGAACGUACAAAGAGGCAAAUUAAGGAGGAAGACAUGGCUGGCAAACUUCUAUAUAUGAAGGAAGACGCUAAGGAGAAGGGUAAACACCAUAAGUGUGAGCAUUGCGGUUGUGGAAACUCAAAUCAGAAAGACUUUGGACGUGGUCGAGGACGAGGCCGGUGGUCCGGGAGAAGUCAAGGCGAUGGUCGAGCACAACGGGACAAGAGCAACAUAAGGUGUUUCAAAUGCAAUGAACUUGGGUAUAUUAGCAAUGAAUGUCCAAAGUGGGAAAAGGAGCAUGAGGAAAACAACAAUGACAACUUCAGAAUGUCACUAUUAGACAUUAAAUUGGCAACACAGGACUUCAAUUAUGCCAAUGACAUCGGAGGGGGUGGUUUUGGGAGGGUGUACAUAGGUGAAGUUGCAGAAAAAGAUGGCUAUAGCAAUGAAACUGAUGAAAAAGUUAUUGUUUAUGAACAUGCACCUAAGGGAAGCCUUGAUAAGUAUUUGAGUGAUACUAGUCUUACAUGGAAAAACCGAGUUAAGAUAUGCAUCAACUUUGCAACUGGAUUGGACUUCCUUCAUGGGGGUGGUAAUGGAAAAGAAGUGGUGAUACAUAGGGACAUCAAAGCAGCUAAUAAUUUAUUGUUUGAUGAUUGGAAGGCAAAAGUUGGUGAUUUUGGUCUUUCUGUGAUAAGUACAGUCAAUAAGAAAUCUAAAUCAGACUAUAUGACAGAUCAUGCUUGUGGUACAAAAGGAUACUUGGAUCCAUUGUGCUCAAAAUCGGGUUUCUUAACUCUAGAAUCUGACAUUUAUUCAUUUGGGGUGGUCUUGUUUGAGAUCUUGUGUGGGAAAACAACGUUUGAAAUCUACAAACAUAAGGGACAGUUUCUACCCGGUUUUAUUAAACACAUCUUCAAGGAAGGAAAACAAGGUGAGGUGGUGUUUGAUGCUCUAAAGGAUGAGAUUGUGCCUACAUCAUUGACUACAUUUCAAAACAUUUCCUACCAAUGCUUAAAUGAUGAUAGAGAAAAACGACCAACAUCCAAAGAAGUUUUGGAGCAACUUAAGAAGGCAUUAAAAUUUCAGGUUCCAGAUGUGGGAACAAGUGAAAGAAUUGUUGGUAGAUUGAACUAUAGAGAACUUUUGCUUUGA